CAAAUGGUGGAUAUUUGGGAAGGGAACACAGGGCUGUAUGUUUAUUUUCGUUCAUUCAUCUGCAACGCCUAAAACAUAAAUCAGUAGUUCAGUGAGAAGACGAUUUUUGUUUGUUGCAUGGGUUUACAACUUACAGUAACUGGCAGCUGUAGUCAUCAUAGAAAAAACACCGAAUUAUGGAAGAAUUUGCCAAUGAAAUUAUUAAUAUGAAUACAAGUCUAAGAUCAGCUUAUAUAGCUUAUUAUAGAUGUGAACAGAAACUAUUUACCUAUAAGUGUAGAAUAUUACGGUUUGGACACGGAUAUGAGGUUGGGAGUGCAUUUGAAGGGUUACCAAUCGACGUUUGCAGUGAUAUGGACUUCAUGAAGAUUUUGCCAACAUUUCCGGUUGUGUUGUGGAAAUCUCUAACAAAAGAAAAAACACAUAGAGGAGGUUUUGUAAUGGCUGAGCAGAAUGUAAGUGAACCAGCGUAUGUAAGACUGAAGACAAUAAAAGGAUCGUGUCUACAUAAGGAUUUCAAUAGUAACAUUGAUAACAAUAGGUAUUUAAUGACAAACACUUUCAUUGAUAGAAUGUCUGAUUUUAACAUCCAUAUGAACCCAAAACAAAUUGGUUCUAUAAAGAGUGGUCCCGCCGUAGCAGGCUCAGUAUAUGAGGAAUAUUAUACAUUUUCACAAAAAUUAGACAUGGUCUUUUGCCUAAAGUGUGAAUCAUGGCCGCCUACUACUGAUCAAUAUUUUACUAGAGAGAAACAGAGUAACUGGCCAUCACAGAAGCUGUUAGACAAGGUCUCUCAUCUGGAUUGUUUUGUAGUUCCUGUUGGACACCCGAGCAGUGCGUCAAAAAACACUGAAUGGAGAUUGUCGUUUUCUUUAGCUGAGAAAGAGCUGAUUCAUAAUAUGUUUGCUCCGUUCGUUAACUGCAUGUAUGCCCUGAAAGCAGUUAAACAAAAGUACAUCGUAUACAGUGAUUUUGAUAAACCAACGCCAUUCUGCUCGUAUUUCAUAAAGACCGCUUGUUUGUGGAUGUGUGAAACUUUACUAAACAAAGAUUACAACAUCAUGUAUUUAAUCAGAAGAGUACUGGAUUGGCUUAUUAGUAAAUAUAAACAUAGAAACCUGCCUCACUAUUUUAUGCCGGAGCAAAAUUUGAUUGGUCAUCUAUCAGUAGAACGAUGUGAAGACGUAAUAGCAAAAUUGACAAACGUUAAGACAGAUAUCUGGACGAUGGUGAUGUCAAGUCUUUAUCUUGUUAACACUGAUGAAUAUAGUUAUAGGCCUAUAGAUUAUCUAUGCGAUAACCUCAACAUGCCGAAAUUAAAUGGAUAUGACGACUUAAAAGAUAUGUCUAAUUACCAAUGGGAUACAGAGUUUCUUGCAAAAUGUAUUUCCAAGAUACGCCCAGGUGGCCGCAUGUAUAGAAGCACGAUAUACUAUCAAUGCUGGAAAUGGACAGAAAAUCUGUUAAAUCUCGUAUUUUUACAAAUUGAUUUUCUUAUAAAAGUGAGAACGCAUCACUCUGAAAUUCUUGGAGUUCCAGAAGAAAUUAUUCUUCCUUUUGUAGAAAAUAUAAAAAAAAUUGUGCCACUGCAAUGUAGAGAAAUGCUGAAGACGCAGUUAUACAGAAUGAUAGGUAAUACGUAUGCCUAUUUAUUGAUUUACUUACGAAAAAGUUACGGGUGUCAUAAAAUUCUGACGCUAUACAAAAAUAAACCGUUGUAUUACUAUAAAUUGGGAGCUGAAAUGGUUUACUUUAACGAAAUGUCUGACGGAGGCAUAGGUAGCCUAGUUCUUGAAGUACAAUACCAUUAUCUAUUUGGUAAUUAUGAAGCACUGAAAAUGCUACUUGCAGAGUACAAACCUUUACUUAUUAAACUUAAAGAAAAUGUGUUUUUCAUGAAUGAAUUUCAUGGUAUAAACAUAAACCCAGGCCAACAUUCAUCAUUAGUAAUGAGUGCCUGGACCAUUGAUGAAAAACUAUAUAAAUGUUUAAAAUGUAGGCCUACUUUUGGACUUGGAUUAAUGAAUCCAAUCGUAUUUGUCUUUUAUGUAAUGGCCAGAGUAUACAUUAGAGAGGGAGAACUGGAGAAUGCAUCAGCGAUUGUAAAAGAAAUUGAGGUAUGCUUGAAAAAUAUUCGACACACAGAAAAAUUUGAGUUCACCAAGUUAAUGAUUGAAUUGAUAGAAAUGGAGAUACUAGAAGUAACAAGAAUGUUAUACGGUUCAAAAGAGUUAACACCAUUUGAUAGGCCCGCCCUUGUUCAUAUCCUAUAUUCAGCAACACAAUGAUUGUGAAAAUGCCUUAUGUGUUCCAAGAGUCAAAACUAAAUCAUAUGGGGAGAGGGGUUUUGCAAAGGCCGCACCUACGCUCUGGAAUGAUCAGCGCCUCUUCAUUAAUUUUUUUUUUAGAAAAGCACUAAAAACGCAUAUAUUCGUCCUAAAUUACAACCAAUAACUAGUUACAGCAGCACUGAUUUAAUUUUUUGGAAUAUUUUAUGUCAUAUUUUUCCUAUUUUAAAUAUUUUUACUGUUUCAAUAUUAUUUCCGAAAUUAAUGUCUGGUUUUGAGAUAUUGUGCAUUUUGUGUAUUUUGAUUAGUUUAAGAUUUUUAUCACUUUUUCAUACAGUCUUGUCAAUCAAUUUGUAUAUAAUGGAGCCAUUUUUUUCUAAAUUAAUUUUUAUCUAUCAUUUUAUAAAUAUUAUUGUAAUUAAUCUAUGAAUUUGAGAUGUUCUUAAUUGUUUAUAUUUUGAUUGGUUACUUAUUGAAGUUUAAUGUAGUUUAAGAUUUUUACAACAUUUUCAUUAUUAAUUUUGCAAUCUAAUUAUUUAAAUUAAUUUGUAUAUAAUCGAUAAUAAUUGUAAUAUUAUUCUAAAUUUAUAUAUUUUUGCAUUCUAUUUGUAUUCUUAAUGUAAAGCGCCUUUGAAGAGACGGGUUGGUGAUUUUUGUCCAGAAUAGGGUCCCAUUUUGUCCAGAAUAGGGGCUGAGGGCGCACUAUAUUGUCCAGAAUAGGGGCUGAGGGCGCCCUAUUAUGUCCAAAAUAGGGGCCGAGGGCGCACUACCGUUUUUCUUCUUCCGUACGAAACAUUUACAUGAAACUCCACUCGGGCCGUCUCGGCUGAAUCGACCCGAAAAUUUCAUUGCAGAAUUCAGGAGGUCAAAAUGUCAUCAACAGAUAAACGUCUACAAAACAA